AUGCGUUCCUCGAUUCAUCGUGGCCUGCUGUUGGCCUCCCUCACUGCGCCUGUCGUGUCUGCUGAGCGCGUGUUGGGUGCUUAUAUCUAUGCCCGUCAUGGUGACCGAACUGCGAAAGUUUUUGGCAAUACUCAACUGACAGACCUGGGUUAUUACGAGGUCUUCGCGGCUGGAUCCGUGUAUCACGACCUCUAUGUCGACUCAAGCUCGGAUAAGCAGAUUGAGGGAAUCAGUGAUCCUAUCGUGAACGCAAAGCAGAUCAAUGCUAGCGCUCCCUCGGAUGCGGUGCUGCAGAACUCGGCAACUGGUUUCCUGCAGGGCGUCUAUCCCCCCGCAUCAACAGCCGCUAACACUACGCUGGGGAAUGGCACCGUGGUCGACUCGCCAUUGGAUGGUUACCAGCUCAUCCAGCUACAAAGCACCGCUUCGGGCUCCAAUAGCGAGGAUUCCAGCUGGUUGCAAGGCUCGAGUGACUGCUCCAAGGCCACUGUGAGCAGCGACAACUACUAUAGCUCGGAGGCUUACAAUGAUAUCCUCAAGUCCAGCGCGAGCUUCUAUGAGUCACUCUCUCCAGUCCUGAACAGGACUUUCUCGGCGGCUGAUAUCAGCUUCGAAAAUGCCUACACUAUCUACGACUAUUUGAAUGUGGGCUAUAUUCACAACUCAUCUGCGACAUUCCCCGGAAAGUCAGAGUACAUGACCGACGCGAACCGCGUGCAGCUACUAUCGCUUGCUGGAACCCACGAGUGGAACCUGGCAUACAAUGCCUCCGACCCAGUCCGCGCAAUCAGCGGUGCCGUUAUUCUCGGUGAGAUCAUGUCCAGCUUUGACGAGAUCAUCGAUUCGAAGGGUACGAAGUCCAUUCUGAAUGUGCAAUUUGGAUCGUACGGAACUAUCAUGUCCUUCUUCGGUUUGAUGCAGAUGCCUGCUGCCUCGCCCGACUUUUACGGUAUCCCAGACUAUGCCUCGUCUAUGGUCUUUGAGCUCGUGACCAAUGCUACUGGCACCGACUUCCCCUCCAGUGACAAGAUCAGCGUGCGCUUCGCAUUCCACAACGGCACCAUGACCGGCUCGGCUAAACCUACAGUCUACCCUAUGUUUGGUCAAACUAGCGAUGUUCUCUCCUACUCCGACUUUAGCGCACACAUGGAGAAGGUCGCCAUUACUUCCACUAGCCAGUGGUGUGAUAUGUGCGGCAACACUGACGGCAGCUGUGCAACAUCGAGCGCAUCCAGUUCUUCUGCUAGCUCCUCGAGCACCGAGAGUUCCGGUGGUAUGUCCCGGGCCGUGGCUGGUGUAAUUGGUGCCAUGGUGACGCUUGCUGUCAUACUUGGAUUGGAGGCUCUUUUCUUCCUGGUUGGCGGAUUCCGCAUCGCUAAGCGAAACAAGGGUGGUCCUGAGAUGGUCACUGCCUCUACCGUGGAAGCAGACAAGAAGUCCUAG